AACGAUACUCGACUGUGUACGAUUUACGGAAGCGGAGUCCCAGGCGUGGCUGAGGAACUUCCGUCUUUGACAGCAGAAAAAUGACAGCGACUCUGCGUCCCUACCUAAACGCCGUGAGGGCCACACUACAGGCCGCCCUCUGCCUCGAGAACUUCUCCUCGCAGGUGGUGGAGCGUCACAACAAGCCGGAGGUGGAGGUCAGAAGCAGUAAGGAGCUCCUGCUGCAGCCUGUGGUGAUCAGCCGCAAUGACAAGGAGAAGGUUCUUAUUGAAGGAUCCAUUAACUCUGUCAGAGUCAGCAUCGCUGUCAAACAGGCUGAUGAGAUCGAGAAGAUCCUUUGCCACAAGUUCAUGCGCUUCAUGAUGAUGAGAGCUGAGAACUUCUUCAUUCUGAGGAGGAAACCAGUCGAGGGUUACGAUAUUAGCUUCUUGAUCACCAACUUCCACACGGAGCAGAUGUACAAACACAAGCUGGUGGACUUUGUCAUUCACUUCAUGGAAGAGAUCGACAAGGAGAUCAGCGAGAUGAAACUGUCCGUCAACGCCCGCGCCCGUAUUGUCGCUGAGGAAUUCCUGAAGAACUUCUGAAGACAGAGUUUGUCUGAACUUACACCGCUCCAAAGGCCAAUCAGCAUAAGAUGACAAGGACGAAAGGAGUGAACAGCCAAUCAGUGAGGACACGAGAGGAUCGUGACCAAUCCGGUGAUGACACCCAUGUCACACGUCCCCAGUGUUUCCCUGUAUUCACGAAUAUCAAUGACUGUAUAUAAUGAAAUGUUUACCAGUUUCAUUUGCAGCCACGUAGAACAAAUCCCCAGACAAAGGCGGGUCCUUAAAGUAUUAAUCAAGUUAAUAUCCGUGAAUACAGGGACGAGGAGGACGUGCUGUCGCAAACAUAACGGCCAGGUUUUUUUUUUGUAUUUUUGUCUGAUUGUUCUGUUGCUGUUGUUUCAAAGUAAAAUCUGGUUUCUCUCUUCAAGAUUUAAAAGUCGACCGUUUUAAGAGUCUGCAAAGACGCGACUAGAACUCAUGUAUGAAAAUAAUCAAAGAUAAUAAAAGUCAUUUGUUUUAUA